AUGAAGAGCAAGAAAGGUGUUAUGCAGCACAGCUCCGCUAGUGGAUAUCAUAACAGUUUCACGCCGGACCGCUUCCUUUUCUCACUCGGCACGGAAACAGAGCCCUGGGGGUAUUUUUCGUCCUUUGUGGAUAUUGCGACGCAAGACACCGUGGGGGCGACCACAGGAGCUGCACAGGACGACCCGGUGACAAGCAACAGGCUUUUGGUUAGUACUAAAAAUGGAACGAACAAUACAAGUGUGAAACAGUACUGCUGCACCCCACACAAUAGCGCCCUCGGCGUGCAAAUAACGCUGGACCCAAACACCGCACCCUUCAAGAAGUUUACCUACACGAUCGGCUGGGACAAGCGACACCAGUUUCACGAUAAGAUCAGGCUUUCCAACCUGCCCCUCGCGCUGAAACGGUGGUGGCUGGAGCUGCGGCGGACAAAGCUGAAGGUGAAGGAUGCGUUUCCCCGCACCAAGGAGGAAUUUAAGAACUCGCUGGUCUACUGCCUGAGCGCGGAAUUUGCGCACAACAAGCAGCACAAGCUGCACCCGAGCGCGAAGAUGCAAGGGUUGUUCAAGGGCAGAGAAAAGAUCUACUCCCGCACCGACGUGUACCCCCUGCGCACCGCAGACGAGUGGCGCAAGCGGGGCCGUCGAGUCCUGAUGGGCGAGAAGGGGGUGGAGCGGAAGACGCCCCUGGUCGGCGGCAGCGAGAUUCUGUUCGCGGUUUGGCAAACGGAGGACCGCCCGGUGUACGACUUGCAUGCGAACAUGGUGGCUUUGACCAAGGAAAUGCGGUACAACAACGCGGUCGACCGGAAGCUGGCCUCGACCGACUUGCUCUCAGUGCGGAACAAGUACGGACACUGGGACUGCGCGCUGGACAAUUUUCUCGAGAAACACUCCUUGUCGAAAACACAGCAAUUAUACACAUCCUCACAGGGCUUGUUGCGAGGGGCAUCGGCUAGUAGCAGUUCUACUUCGAAAACGGCUUCUAUACGACCAGAUACGAUCGACAGCGUGGUCAUUUUUUCACUGCAGCAGGAGGAAAAAAUCUGGGUACACGGAGACGUUGCGCAAGAUGAACAAGACAUCAAUGGGAAUUCCAAAUCCGAGCUGCAGCAGGCCGCUCCCCAGACCGUGAAAAACUGUAGCAAAAGCCAGUUUGCAGCGUCGUUUGCAGCUCCGGCGGCCGCUGCGGGUUUCUCCUCCUCUUCCUCUUUGGGGUUCAUUACAAGUUCGUCAAGCUCAUUUGGCGGCGGCGGCUUUGGCACUGCGUCAUUCGGAAAAUUGUCGUCUUUCGGGUCGUCCUUUGGCGCUGCAACGCAGCAGCCACGGUUUUUGGACUCCGGGAAACCUAUUCCCGUCGAGACGAAGUCGAACAGUACGACGAAGCCGGGAAUAGAGGACCAACAUGGUGUGCUGGGCAAGAGUAGCAGGAAAUGCACUACUACUUCCAAUGAACAGCCUUCAGGCGUCGACGUAAAGAUUCUGUGGUCCAACGACAUUGCGCGAAACUGUGCGUGGGUACCGCGGGCUUUGGCAAAGGAAGUGUGCCGCAAGCACGAAUUUGAUUACAUCGAAGCGGCGUCCGGAUGGACAAAAGACGCGAACACCAACAAGGCGCAGCGCCUCUUCACGGGUGUGCUGCUGUGCGCGAGGCACGCGAUACAGGUCUGGAGGGAGGCAGAGGCGCUGGAGAAAACUCGGCAAGUAUCAAAUGGAAAAAUGUCUGGGUCUGGAAGAAUGCAACUUGUCAUGCUAAAUCUGCAGCAUGCAAAAAUCUGUGUUGCAUGAUUACCAAAAGUCGUCCAGUUUUGACCAAGUCGGGAGGUAGUUUCUCAUGGAGGAUAGGCAUUGGAAAGGUCUCGCAGAAUCUAUCAUGCUAGGUCCUGCAUUCCAGACCUCAUGGGUCAUGGAAAAGCAGCAUGAAAAAUCGCGCAUUCUUCCAGACCCAGACAUUUUUACAGUUGAUAGCAAGCCAGGAGGAACAAAAAAGAGGACGACGAACUACGGCUCGCAUGGACGGUAUGGAUCUAUCAGGAUUGAAAUCGUCAAAGUUGAAAUGAAGACUUGUCAUGCAUAGAAUGCAAGGCAUGAAGUGCCUGUCUUGCCGGGGUGGCAAGUGAGGCAGAUUGUGAGCCUAUUUAGGGUUUGGGAUAGAGCUGCUAAAGCUGCAUGACAAAAGCAGUCCUCUGUGCCCAAACAGCAUGACAAAUUGGAUUCCGGUGCUCCGAAAAUUUGUCAUGCGCCGCUUGGAAUUUGGUCUGCCAACUGGUAUCCAUUUUAUCCAUGACAAAUCAUUUCAACUUUGUCGAUUUCAAACCUGACGCUUCCAUAGACGGAACUAUGCAAGAAGAUUCUCGUGGAACGCUACAUGAGUCGGAAACGAAAAAGAUAGUGCUGUGUUUUUUAGCGGACGAGUUUGUACGCAAAGCGAAAGCGACAAUGUGAAUGUAGUAAGUAAAAAUAUCCCGAGGGAGUACUUGUACUUCUUAC